GCACACACCUUUAUGCGUGGGAUUGCUGCAAUGCCACACAAAAACAAAAACAGGAAAAUGUCAAUAAGAUUAUUUCCAAUCAAAACAACUUCGCGGUAUCCAACAAGGGACUGUCGUCAAUGUGAAUGCAGAAAAAUAUAGAUUGAGGAUACGUCUGUUUGUUUAUAAUUUUACUACCGUCUAUUGUUUUGUUUUGUCAAACUGGGUCUCGUUUCUCAUCUCCCAUCCUUUUCAUUGCCUUGAUUUUCAUCGUUUAAAACACGCCCAUUUUUCUACCCUUAUUCCAAGGGAGGUGUCUGGUCAGGUGUCGUACAACAGUAUUUUUCCCAUCUGUGUUCUUUUUUACCGUUUCUUGUCUGGGUUUUGGCAUUUUUCAUUGCUCUGUACCCCUGUUUUGGUUAAAAUUUCAGUCUUUUUAGCUGGGUUCUGCUUUUGUUUCACUCCAGCUAUUCAAUUGUCUUCUUCGUUGCUUCAUCACUUAUAUAUAUUUUACUUUUCCUUCGUCAUUCUUCCGUUGCUUCGAUUUUUUUCCCUUUCUCUUGUUGCUCGUAAGGGUCUUAUUUUCCUUGUUCAAAGUUCAUAUUUUUCUAUCUGGAUGUGAGGAAAAGACUGCAGUUUUAUGCGACGAUUUUGAGGAGAAUUUUUCGUUUUGGGUAUUUUUUUUUUUAAAAGAUAGAAAUGAAGUGUUUUUCAAUAUUCGGCAAAGACAAAUCAAAGAGCAAGAAAAGAGAAACAAGAUCUGCUCCUGAGUUGAGGAACCAAAGUGAAUCAUCGGAUAACCCAGCACUGAGUCGAACAACGAAAUCUUUGCCAUCUCCAAGGACUAUACCGGAGUUGUAUAAAGAGAAAAAGCAUAAUUUGAGAGUUUUCUCUUUAGACGAGUUGAGGGACGCAACUAACUGUUUCAACAGGAAGUUAAAGAUCGGAGAGGGUGGUUUUGGGAGUGUUUAUAAGGGAACAAUUAAGUCUCUCAGUGGUCGAGGUGAUCCUAUUGUUGUUGCUGUUAAGAAGCUCAACGCCCAUGGUUUGCAGGGUCACAAGGAAUGGCUUGCGGAGAUUCAAUUUCUUGGUGUGGUUAGUCAUCCGAACCUAGUAAAACUUAUAGGGUAUUGUUCGGUAGAUGGCGAACGAGGGAUACAGAGGAUGUUGGUGUACGAAUACAUGCCUAAUCGGAGUUUGGAAGAUCAUCUUUUUAAUAGUACAUCCACGUUGCCUUGGAAAAUGAGAUUAGAGAUUAUGCUUGGUGUAGCUGAAGGACUGGCUUAUCUACAUGAGGGAUUGGAAGUCAAGGUGAUAUAUCGAGAUUUCAAAUCUUCGAAUGUGCUGUUGGAUGAAAAUUUUAGGCCAAAGCUCUCAGAUUUUGGUCUUGCAAGGGAAGGGCCGACGGGCGAUCGUACUCAUGUAUCAACAGGGGUGUAUGGAACUUAUGGCUAUGCUGCCCCAGAGUACGUUGAAACCGGCCACCUCACAAUCCAAAGCGAUAUAUGGACAUUCGGAGUGGUACUUUAUGAGAUCCUCACAGGGAGACGAACAGUGGAAAGAAACCUCCCGACAUCGGAACAGAAGCUUCUAGACUGGGUGAAACAGUUCCCUCCUGACAGUAAACGAUUCAGCAUGAUAAUAGACCCUCGACUUAGGAACAAUUAUUCUCUCAAUGCGGCUCAAAAAGUGGGGAAGUUAGCUAAUAGCUGCCUAAACAAAAACGCGAAAGAAAGACCGGCGAUGAGUCAAGUGGUAGAGAGCUUGAAGCAAGUGAUACAAGAAUUAGAAGAGGCAAGCUCCUCCUCGGUCAACAACUCUGCCGGUCCAUCUUCAUCUAGGAAUGGCACAAGGCGAAGAUCCAAAUAAGGUUGGUAUAGAACGUGUAUUUGAUUUGGUUGGACUGGUUUGAAAUGGUGGAUAUACCCGUGUUUAGCAUGAGAUGCGCAGCUUAAAGGAUUUUAAUCCAGAGAUGAGUUGAAGGAUGAGGCUUCUUUGCAUACAUAUUUUUUUACCGCUAGUAUAUAAUUUGUGGAUACAACAUGGAAGAGGCGGUACCUAAAAUGGCGAGAUUUAUAGGAUCUAGAAUUAUUGGUUUGUAAAUUAUAACAAUAGCGAUUGUUAAAGUUGUUAUGAAUUGAAUUGCCAUACGAUUUUUAGAUACUAAUAAAAAUAGUACCAUAUCAUUAACUUUUAAA